AACUAACAGGGAAAAUAUGCAUUUUUACAGUUGUAAAUACAACCUGUUUUGUUGUAAUGACAGCAAAAUAAUUAGCAAAAUUAAACGUUGAUUGAAGCAAUCAAGAGACAUGAUUGAAUCUGUGAGAUCAGUCGACAAUUCGUCACCGACAACAAAUCCUGAAUCGCGUGAUACUCACUUGAACAAAACAGGACUGAAAUCUUGCUUCGGUGGGGUGAAGUCGGAAUCAGACGAGGUUCUUCAACGAAUUCGUGCAAACGAUCAAAUUGACGAAGAGAACGAUAUUUCAGAAUAUUUUAAAAUCUCAGCUAUAAAAAGUGAUACUCAAUCUGAAGAUUCUGGAACAGCUUCAUUCGAUAAUGACUGCGAAGUUAAUUUAGAUGAGCUAGGUUCAACGAGCAAUCAAGUUACUGAAUAUAUUGACGAAGAAAAUUUUGGUGCUUCAAUAGAUCUUACGGAGAGUACUAAUAAAAACUUCAAUUCAGCAGAAAUGGUGAAAGCUAAAGAUUUGACGACAUAUACAAAAACAAAGUCUCCUGAUCUGGCAGCGUUUAAUUUUUAUGGAGAACCCCCAAUGCCUGAGAAUGUUUUUGAUACACCAGACAGCAUGUUUGACGAUGCCUUCAGUCUUGACGAAUUCAUGCUGAGUAAUCAAUUAAAACCCAGUUUAGGCGAAGGAAAAUGGGAACAACGAAAAGUCGUUUUUCAAACUUUUGGUGAUGAUAGAUCCUACACUCGCGUCUCAACUUGUCAACCUGUUGCGAAUGGAGAACAAGAUUUUCUUCGCGUGAUGUUGAAUGAAGACGAAGCUCAAAAUGUGGCUAAAUUACAGCCGUUUGUGAAUGCUGGGCAACCAACUACCCAACCCUCCUUUCAAGAAAUUCGAAAUCGCACGUUUUCUGAUUUGUUACGAGGGGACAUGGCUGAGGUGGACAGUGGCAUUUCGCAGACUUUUCCAAUAUGUGGUAACGUAGGGCGAAACAGAGAUUACAGCGUCAGCAGCGACAGUGGUGUUGGAAGCUCAAUUCUGAUGGAUUUGACAACGUCUCCAUCAAAUCAGUCUGCAGAGCGGUCAGGCAGCAGCAUAGAAGAUGCGCCUCAGGAUGUCCUGACUUUCUCUCGAAAUUUGAAGGAAUCUGUACUACCAAACUCGGCAAUGAAAAAUGAAAGAUUUCCGUCACACGUAAGUGAUCUUUCUAGGCACGGAGAAGAUCUGCAUGAUGAUUUACUGCUUGCUGAACUUUCACAUGAAAACGGACAAAUACCUGGUGCAGAUGAAAAAGUGUCGAGCAAGAAAACGGCAUACAAUGAAAAAUGGGGAGUCAAAGUUUUUAAAGCUUGGUGUGUGGAUAUGUCCAUCAACGAGAAGUUUGAGAGGCUGACACCAGAGCAAUUGAAUGAAUUACUGUGCAGAUUUUGGUCUGAAGUGAGAAAGUCAAAUGGGGAUUACUAUGGAAGAAACAGUCUUUUCAAUUUACGUGCCAUGAUAAAUAAACAUCUCAAAGGAAAGCCAUUUUGUGCAGAUUUUGAUAUCGUGACAGAUGAAAGAUUCAGGUCAUCCAACGACACUUUAGAAAAACAGCUGAAAAUUCUCAAAGGUAUCGGGAAGACAAUAACACACAAACAACCCAUUUCGAUAGCAGAUCUAAGAAAAAUGUACGAUUCCAAUGUGUUGGGAACGGGAAGUCCUUUAGCCUUGCUAAGAAAGGUCUGGUUUGAAAUCACGCUUCAUUUUUGUCACAAAGGUUCUGAGCCACAAGAAAAGUUAACUAGGAGCUCUUUUCACAUAUUUCGAGAUCAUAAUUACAGAGCGUAUAUAUCAAGAGCUCCCAACGCAAAACCCGGAAACGAUACAGAUGAGAUUCGAAUGUACGAAACAGGGGGUGAGCUUUGUCCUGUACAUAGUUAUCAAGCAUAUUUGCAAAAACUCCACCCGCUUCAAGGUCGAUUAUUUCAACAACCUCGUAGAAAAUCGACUCCAACUUCUCCCAUGUGGUAUGGUAAAGCGCCGAUCGGCGAGAAAGCUCUGCAGCAAAUGAUGGCAAAUAUUUCAGUUGCUGCAAAACUUUCCAAACGAUAUACAAAUCAUUGUGUUCGCACCACCGCAUUAGAACAAUUCAGUACAUCGAGGAAAAAAUCAGGAGGAAAAUCCGGAGACAAAACUUCGCAGAAGUCCGCCAAAUCAAAUAUGGGCGUGGCAAAACGAGCGAACUAUCGUCAAAAUCACGCACAGCAAUUGGCUCAAAAUAACGUUUACACACAGCCGCAACAUGCGUACUAUAAGUCGUCGGGGCAUCUUACAUACGGGCAAGCGACAGCACAUUUGCAAAAUGCCGAUUCGGUUUACCAAUAUCCAGUUGGUUGUGAAAUGAACCCUUAUGAAAAUAUUCCAGACCAGAAUGAUAUGAGGGAGAGUAUGAUCCCUCCUAACGCAAUCAAAGGUGGUCAACAUCAAAUGAGAGAUUCUCAGACCAAUGAGAUGACACGUUGUUACAAACGCACUUAUGAGGAGAUCACGUCAAUCAACCAUUCCGGGCAUUCCAAUAUACAUCCACCGCCUCCGUAUACCAACCAACCAACAAAACGGGCGCGACUAGAAAAUUGCCACGUUUUCCUGUCGCGAGGUGGCGCACGAAAUUCACCCCAAAUUGGUCCCUUCAUCCAAAAAAUGAACAACUCCGAUCUUAGACAAGAAUUUCAACCUUAUGGUCGGAAUAUCCAUAUGUUGACGUCACAAGAUGACGUCACAACCGGUAUCAUGGAUAUGGUUAACCCAAGAAAGGGACUUUCCGAAACAAUUAUCGCUGGCGAUAGUAACAUACCAGAAAUCAAAUCCAUAACAAAUCAAAAUUUUACCGUAUUGACAAACAUAAUAUGAACAACGCUGAAGAAAUUACUCAACAAUUUAUGUAGUAUUAAACUUGAUGAUAUGUGGUUAUAAUAACGCUGAAAUUCGUGCAUUUUUCCUUAUUUUUGACAGCAUAGCUCGAAUAUAUAAAAAUUUUAUUUUUUAUUUCCAUUUUUUAAUCAUCAAAAACUUUUUAAAAAAAAUGCUUUUAUUUAGCUUUAUAAAAGAGCAAAAAAUGUUUUUUACCAGUACAAUGCUGGAUUUUUCAUCUUUAUUGCAUUCUUUUUAUUAUCAAACGAGAAAUGGGGGAAAAUUAUAUAAACCAUAAUUAAAAGCGAAAUUAGUCUUUGUUUUCUCAAAAUCACGGAGUCUCAUUUCUUUGUUCCAUAAUUCCGAACAAUGUAUAACGUCAUAAAAAGAUUUUCAAUCCUUCGCACUUAAAGCGUAAAUUCAACAAAAAGUUGGUUAGUAAUUCAAGGUUUGUCACUUAACGGGGUUUAUUAUAAUUCUUCCCUAUCUUCUUAAGUUUAAAAUCUAUAUAUUCUAAGGCUAUUUCAAUUAUGUGUGUUUAAAGACAAAUUUCUUUAGUUAGCUUUGAAUACUGCCUUUUCUUAUUUUAUUUACUAUUUUUGCCACAAUGCAUGUAUUUCUUCGUUUUAUAUCAAACUUGUUUUAUAUUUUUCUAUCUCUUUGGUGCAUACUUGUUCACGUCCUUUCUAUAAAAUUUAUACUAUAUUAAAAAAAAAACUGAAAAUU